GCCUCCCCUCAAGAGAAAGAGGCAAGAUGGCCCCAAGCCUCGCAGCGACCCGCCGGACACAGGGGCGGCCGCGGAACCAGCCACGUCCUCUGCGGAGGCACGGCCUGCCGACGGACCUGGAGCCACGACCCCACGGGCGAAGGCAAGAAGAGAAAGAAGAAGGAGACGAGCCGAGGCACCCGAACGGCCAGCCUCAAGAGCCUGCUGCAGAUACCACCGGCGGCCGGCGCUCUACCUGACUACCAGCCCUUGGCCCGGGCACCUCGUGAGUACGGAACCUGGCUGGAGAUACCCUCGGACACCUUCGAGGAGCGGCCCUGGGCCCUUGUGCUCUUUAGCGGCAGGCGCCGCAAGGGGGACCUCCCCAACUGGCUUGUUCACUUUGGGUUCAUGGUCUGCUGUAUUGAUCUGGUGGCCGACCACCCUUGCAACGCCCUGGACGAGGCACAAUGGACCCCCCUGGAGAAGGAUGUCAACGAUGGUCACUUUGAGGUGGUUUGGGCCGGCACGCCUUGUGGCACGUUCCCGCUACGCGAAGUGAGGCCGGGACCCAGACCUCUGCGAUCGGUGGAGGAGAUCGAGGGCAUUUCGGGCCUGGGACCUCGGGAGAAGAACCAGGUCAGAGAGGCCAACGUCCUCGUUGAGCGCACCUUCGACAUUCUGUCAUUGGCGUGGGACGAGCGCAAGACCUGGGGCCUGGAGAACCCCGUCCAUGGCAGCGACAGGCCCGAGCUUUGGCAGAUGCCACUCGUUCGCCAGCUGUCCCAGCUCGACAGGACAGCCGAGGCAGUGUUCGACCAAUGUCGGUCCUCUACAGUGCGCACGCCAAGGGGUUUCAAGGAGCUCCGCGGGCUCCGCUGCGACCAUCCUCGCGGCACUCAUGGCACAGUUGCCGGCCAGAGGGAGCAGGGAGCAUCCGGCGCGCAGUGGGCUUCGAAGGGCCAGGGCGAGUACACGCCGCAUUUUGCGCAGGAGGAGCUGACCGCCUUCCCGAAGGACAAGACGGACCGCGAGCGGGAGAACGCCGAGGUCACGCCGGGUGGGCAGGGCUAUCCACAAGCUCCUGCGCCACACCUUGGCGAAGUGGCCAGAGCUCGUCGAGCCAGCCAGGGCUAUCCUUCGAGGAGAGGAGCCGAGCGACUUCGACGCGGCACCGUGGACUCGGUCAGGUCCGCCGUCCACACCGUCCUGGGCACGAGCGACAAAGUGAAAGCCAGGAGGAGGACCGCUCCCGCCGAGACCCCGCUCAGGGUCAGCUCCCACAACGUCACGCCACACUCCCAGCUGGACGCCCGAACUCUGGAAGGAUGGUCGAACUAUCAGUCAGCUGAGGAAGAAGCGGAGACCCUACAAAAGCUGAUCAGCGACUACGUGGCCCGCGGCUUCUGCCAGAUUGCAUAUUCCCAGCAGGAGGCAGAGGAGGUUUUGGGUGGAAAGCCGGUCCUCAACAAGCUGGGCGUUCUGGUGAAGGAGAAGCGAGAUGCCCACGGCAAAGUGGUGAAGAAGGCAAGGGUCAUUUGGGACCUCCGGGAGUCCUCUGUCAACAAGGCCUGCCACCAAGGGGAGAGGAUUAUACUCCCGCGCCUUUUGGACGUCGUGGCCUCGGCGCUGGCUUCCUAUCGGCGAGGCCGACCCCCCUACCUCGCAGGUGUUGACAUCAAGGACGCCUUCAUGAACAUACCUGCGGGGGCAGACCGACGCUUCACCGUCGCAGCCGUCCCGGGUUCAAGCAACCGGCCUGGCAAGAGACACCGCCUCAUCAUCUUUAACACCUUGGUGUUUGGGUCGGCCUCUUCGCUCACCAUCUGGGGCAGGGCCGCCGCAUGGCUUGGGCGCACGUCCGCCGCGGUUUCCCCAGCCGAUCUGCAAUGCUACGUGGACGACCCCAUCUAUGUCCUGGAGGGUCCUUCUGCAGAGGCAGCGGCCGGAGACCUGUCGGUGAUCCUCCUUUGGACGGCUGUCUGCGGCUACCCCAUCAAACUGUCGAAGGCCACGGGGGGCAAGGAGCUCGAAUGGGUCGGUGCAAAGAUAAGGUGCCUGGACGCCGAGGAGGCGGUCGUGGUUACCCUGCCGGAGGCCAAGAUACAGGCCCUCCUCGCAGACACCAACAGGUUUCUUUCAGAGCCGGUGGCAGGAGCUCGGGAGCUCAGGUCCUACACGGGAGCGCUCUCGUUCGUGGCGGGGCUGGUCCCGCAUUUGAGGCCAUUCCUGGCUUCGUUCUGGUCGGUUCUUUCGAGACAUGCUGUGACAAGUGAAGGCCUCCCCGUGAAGGAGGCCCGAAAGCUCAUACACAUCCGACGGAUCAGACCAGCGCUGCGCUGGGUUAGGGCCCUUUUGUCUGGCGGCCCCACCAUCGAGAAGAUCUUCUACGCCCGCCCGCCGAGAACCGACUUGGAAAUCGUCACCGACGCCUCCCCCUGGGGCAUCGGAGGAGUGAGGCGGCAUUCGGGAAAGCCGACAGGCUAUUUCUACAGCCACCUCCCGGACGGUGUCCUCAAGAAGUUCGGGGCAGAGCGCGGCCUCCCGAAACACAACACCUUGUGGGAGGGCCUUGCGCUACUGGUGGCGUUUAGGCUGUGGCUGCCUGCGCUCGUUCAUGGCGCCCUCUUUCGGGCGAAGUCCGACAACCUCGGCUUCCUGAAGGCCUUGGCCAAAGGGAGCGCGAAAGCUCCCGACCUCAACGUCCUGGCCCGCGAGUUCGCCUACGACCAAGCAGUCAGAGCCUACCAGGUGAAGGGGCUCGUGCAUAUAUUUCCGGGAGUGACCAAUAUCCAGGCGGACGCUCUUUCCCGCCAAUUCGCCCCGGAAGCGAAAUGCUUCCCUGCAGAACUUUUGGAGGUUCCUCGUGAUGAGGUCCUCAUCGAAGAGCACUUCUGGAAAGUGUGA